CUAAGCUUAUGUUCUCUAUGAUGAUUUGGUAAAGGACAUUGUGUCUGAAAUCAUUCAUCCGCCACCUUAGAUUCAUGUGAGGAGGUUGGCAGUUACUAGCGAAGAACAGGUUUGUACUUGUACAGAAUCCAGGAUCACUUAACUGAAAUACUGUUGAUAAUGCUGUUUAACCCAAAACAAACAAAACAAAAACACCUCAUGAUAAUCUGUUAUGGUCUAGCAGUUUUGCUAUCUAAACUUAGCUAGAAACAGUGCCAAAAGGGUCAGUCACUGACUUAGGUCUUUUGUGAACCUUUCUUGAAUUUCUUCAGAAGGUACCCGUUGACUUCAUUUUUAGCUCGACUAUUCGAAGAAUAGGGGAGCUAUCCUACUCGCCCCGGCGUCGGCGUUAGCAUGAGGAGGCAACUCUAUCAAGAAGGAGGCAACUCUAUCAAGCAUUUUGACUGAAUUAUGGCCCCUUUUCGACUUAGAAUAUGCUUAUUGUAAUAUUAAAGUUUUACUCAUAGCUUAUAUUAUACUAUCAAGCACUGAGAAUAGUCGAGCACACUGUCCACUGACAGCUCUAGUUUUUAGGUCCCCCUCCCCCAUUCUAAGCUAAAAAAGAUGCAAACCUUUAAAUAAUUCCUUCUCCAUUUCAUAAAAGUCUGCCUGAUGAACCACUAGAAGGAUGUUCCUAGCACCUUUAUGCAAACUUUUGUCAUGUUUGUUCAAAUAGUUCAGCACUGAAGGGCCACCAGGGUUACAUAGCAACAACAACUUCUCAUAAGCAGCAAACAUGCGUUGACUUGACCUUUCGCAAGUUUGUUCAGGUUCCACUGUUGUAUACUAAAGGGGACAUGAACAAGGCUAAAAACUUUUCAAUGCCUAUUUAUCAUAAACCACCUGAUAGAUGUUCACCAGAUUUGACAAGAAGCAAGGUCAAACGGUCAUGGUCAGUUGCGUGACUACUUGUGAGCCUUCAUUGACCACAUGUUAAGUGUAAAUAAAGUGGUAUAGGCUACAGAAAGUGUUUUAGUUAAAAAAAUAUCACUUGAUUAUUUGGUAUUCAAGGUUUAGCAGUAUAUCACCAAAUUACAGAACAACAUUUUUACCAGCAAUCUACCUGUCUAAUACAUGUUUUACCUUACUGUCCUGUACCAUUGGAUACUUAAAAUAUUCUCAAAAAUUGUCCCCUUUUAAAAAAAGAAUGCCAUUUGUAAAGAAAUAAAAGUAAACAAAUCGAUGUUUAAACUAGUUAUGUGAAAUUUAAGCAAUGGAACAUUAUUGCAAUUGCAUCAGAAUAAAGACAUGUAACAGUUCCUUAAAAAUGAUGAAUGUUAAAAGGCGUUGAACUGUCCAGAAGUAUUAUAUGGUCCCUUCAUGCAUUCAUUUUCCAGAAUUCAAUACAUAUGUGAGCAAAUUGAUGAUGCUUUUGUAGACUGUUUAAUUUUCAUGUAUAACAACUCUUUCUUUCUAUGAUUUUGGUGAUGUUCGAUUGUUGUUGUUUUUUUUAGCUCACCUGAGCACAAAGUGCUCAAGGUGAGCUUUUGUGAUCGCCCUGUGUCCGUCGUCGUCAACAAUUUGACUGUUAACACUCUAGAGGUCACAAUUUUGGCCCAAUUUUAAUGAAACUUGGUCAGAAUGUUACCCUCAAUAAAAUCUUGGACGACUUUGAUAAUGGGUCAUCCGGGGUCAAAAACUAGGUCACUGGGUCAAAUCAAAGGAAAAGCUUGUUAACACUCUAGAGGUCACAAUUUGGGCCCAGUCUUAAUGAAACUUGGUCAGAAUGUUACCCUCAAUAAAAUCUUGGAUGAAUUCGAUAUUGAGUCAUCUGGGGUCAAAAACUAGGUCACCAGGUCAAAUCAAAGGAAAAGCUUGUUAACACUGUAGAGGCCACAUUUAUGACUGUAUCUUAAUGAAACUUGGCCAGAAAGUUAAUCUUGAUGAUAUAUAGGUCAGAUUCAAAUCUGGGUCAGAUGGGGUCAAAAACUAGGUCACUAGGUCAAAUCAAAGGAAAAGCUUGUUAACACUCUAGAGGCCACAUUUAUGACCAUAUCUUAAUGAAACUUGGUCAGAAUGUUAAUCUUGAUGAUCUCAAGGUCCAGUUCAAAUCUGGGUCAUGUAGGGUCAAAAACUAGGUCACCAGGUCAAAUCAAAAGGAAAAGCUAGUUAACACUCUAGAGGCCACAUUUAUUAACCAUAUCUUAAUAAAACUUGGUCAGAAUGUUAAUAUUGAUGAUAUAUAGGUCAAGUUUAAAUCUGGGUCAGAUGGGGUCAGAAACUAGGUCACUCGGUCAAAUUAAAGGAAAAGCUUGUUAACACUCUAGAGGCCACAUUUAUGACUGUAUCUUCAUGAAACUUAGUCAGAAUGUUAAUCUUGAUGAUCUUUAGGUCAAGUUCGAAUCUGGGUCUUACUGGUUCAAAUCAAAAGAAAAGCUUGUUAACACUCUAGAGGUCACAACUUUAGCCCAGUCUUAAUGAAACUUGGUCAGAAUGUUACCCUCAAUAAAAUCUUGGAUGAGUUCGAUAUUGGGUCAUCUGGGGUCAAAAACUAGCUCACCAGGUCAAAUCAGAGGAAAAGAUUGUUAACACUGUAGAGGCCACAUUUAUGACUGUAUCUUCAUGAAACUUGGUCAGAAUUUUAAUCUUGAUGAUCUCAAGGUCCAGUUUGAAUCUAGGUCAUGUAGGGUCAAAAACUAGGUCACCAGGUCAAAUCAAAGAAAAAGCUAGUUAACACUCUAGAGGCCACAUUUAUGACCAUAUCUUAAUGAAAUUUGGUCAGAAUGUUAAUCUUGAUGAUUCCUAGGUCAGGUGAGCGAUACAGGGCCUUCAUGGCCCUCUUGUUUUCCAAAACCUGGACCUGACUCUUAAGAAUUAUUUUAAGCCUACUUUUUAUCUUGAAAACUACAGGAGUUUUAACGCCCCUGGCGGGCGGCGUCCAUAGACUUUGUCCGGAGCAUAUCUUCUACAUGCAUGGAGGGAUUUUGAUGAAACUUGGCACAGUUGUUCACCAUCAUGAGACGGAGUGUCAUGCGUAAGAACCAGGUCCCUAGGUCUAAGGUCAAGGUCACACUUAGAGGUCAAAGGUCAAAUUCAAGAAUGACUUUGUCCGGAGCAUAUCUUCUUCAUGCAUGGAGGAAUUUUGAUGAAAGUUGGCACAAUUGUUCAUCAUCAUGAGACGGAGUGUCGUGUGCAAGAACCAGGUCCCUUGGUCUAAGGUCAAGGUCACACUAAGAGGUCAAAGGAUACAAGAAUGAAAACUUUGUCCGGAGCAUUUCUUCUUCAUACAUGGAGGGAUUUUGAUAUAACUAGGCACAAAUGUUCACCACUACGAGGCGGAGUGUCAUGCGCAAGAACCAGGUCCCUAGGUCUAAGGUCAAGGUCACACUUAGAGGUCAAAGGAUACAAGAAUGAAAACUUUGUCCGGAGCAUUUCUUCUUCAUGCAUAGAGGGAUUUUGAUAUAACAUGGCACAAAUGUUCACCACCACGAGACGGAGCGUCAUACGCAAGAACCAGGUCCCUAGGUCUAAGGUCAAGGUCACAUUUAGAGGCCAAAGGUCAGAUACAGGAAUGACUGUCGGAAGCAUUUCUUCUUCAUGCAUAGAGGGAUUUUGAUGUAACUUGGCACAAUUAUACACCAUCCUGAGACGAAGUGUCAUGCGCAGUUCCCUUUAGAAUUACUUUCCUUUGUUUUACUAUAAAUAGCUUAUAUUGUAACUUUUUCAUUACUAGUCGUAGGGAAAAAUCGAGACCACUUUUCUGUAGUACAACAUGCAUGUUACAUCCAAUUUUGAGGUGUAUUUUGACCAAUCUCUACCUGGUAAGGAUUUUUGUGUGGACAUAAUUUUUUUUUUUGGAUUUUUUUUUUUUUUUUUUUUUUGGAUUUUUUUUUAAGAUAAACUUCCCUUAGUUGUUACUAUAAAUAACUUAUAUUGUAACUUUUUUAUACGCCCGUUUGAAAAACGGGACGUAUUAUGGGAACGCCCCUGGCGGGCGGGCGGGCGGGCGGCGUCCACAGACCUUGUCCGGAGCAUAUCUUCUACAUGCAUGAAGGGAUUUUGAUGAAACUUGGCACAGUUGUUCACCAUCAUGAGACGGAGUGUCAUGCGCAAGAACCAGGUCCCUAGGUCUAAGGUCAAGGUCACACUUACAGGUCAAAGGUCAAAUUCAAGAAUGACUUUGUCCGGAGCAUAUCUUCUUCAUGCAUAGAGGGAUUUUGAUGAAAGUUGGCACAAUUGUUCAUCAUCAUGAGAAGGAGUGUCAUGCGCAAGAACCAGGUCCCUAGGUCUAAGGUGAAGGUCACACUUAGAGGUCAAAGGAUACAAGAAUGAAAACUUUGUCCGGAGCAUUUCUUCUUCAUGCAUAGAGGGAUUUUGAUAUAACUUGGCACAAAUGUUCACCACCAUGAGGCGGAGUGUCAUGCGCAAGAACCAGGUCUCUAGGUCUAAGGUCAAGGUCACACUUAGAGGUCAAAGGAUACAAGAAUGAAAACCUUGUCCGGAGCAUUUCUUCUUCAUGCAUAGAGGGAUUUUGAUAUAACUUGGCACAAAUGUUCACCACCACAAGACGUAGUGUCAUGUGCAAGAACCAGGUCCCUAGGUCUAAGGUCAAGGUCACACUUAGAGGCCAAAGGUCAGAUACAAGAAUGACUUUGUCCGAAGCAUUUCUUCUUCAUGCAUGGAGGGAUUUUGAUGUAACUUGACACAAUUAUACAUCAUCAUGAGACGAAGUGUCAUGUGCAGUUCCCUUCUUUAGAAUUACUUCCCUUUGUUGUUACUAUAAAUAGCUUAUAUUGUAAGUUUUUCAUUACUAGUCGUAGGGAAAAAUCGAGACCACUUUUCUGUAGUACAACAUGCAUGCUACAUCCAAUUUUGAGGUGUAUUUUGACCAGUCUCUACCUGGUAAAGAUUUUUGUGAGGACUUACAUUUUUUUUUUUUUGAUUUUUUUUUUUUUUUUAAGAUUAACUUCCCUUAGUUGUUACUAUAAAUAACUUAUAUUGUAACUUUUUUAUAAUUGAGCGUAGGGAAAAACCAAGACCACUUUUCUGUGGUACAACAUAGAUGUUAUUUUCCAAUUUUAGGUGUAUUUUAAGGUAUCUCUACCUGGUAAGGAGUUUUUUUGUGGACUAAGAAAAACAAAACACUUAGUUAUUACAAAAAUUACCACAAAAUUAAAAUUCCAUUUGCAAAUACAGGUGCUAGAGUAAAGAAAUUUGCUGUGACGGGCGUAUAUUGUGACAUUCUUGCACUCUUGUUUAUAAUUGACCGUAGGGAAAAACCAAGACCACUUUUCUGUGGUACAACAUAGAUGCUACUUUCCAAUUUUAGGUGUAUUUUAAAGGUCCAAUACUAAGGAAAGUGAACGUUUUAAUUUCUUUUAAAAAGCAGAGAAACUGUUUCAUUUUAUUGGAAAAUGAAAGUUGGUAUGUAGAAAUUCGAAAUAAAUCGCAGUAUAUGUACAAUUAUUUUUCUAUGAAGUAUGAAGAAAGUUAAAAAGACCUGGGGGGUCAUUCUGUCGAUUCAUUGAAAUUUCAACAUAAUACACAUACAUUUCUUUGAGUUCCAAAGACCUUCUGUAAAUUUUAACCUGCCAAUCUUCAUUAUUUAGUGUCUUGCAGAAGUCUAUGCACUGGCUAUGAAAAAAAUUGCCAGCUCACUUUCCCUUAGUAAUGGACCUUUAAGGUAUCUCUACCUGGUAAGGAGUUUUUUGUGGACUUAGAAAAAUAAAAGAAUUACAAUGAUUACUAAACAACCACAAAAUUAAAAUUCCGUUUGCAAAUACAGGUGCUAGUGUAAAGAAAUUUGCUGUGACGGGCGUAUAUUGUGACAUUCUGGCACUCUUGUUACAUUUGUCUAUGAUCUAUAGUUUAGUAAAUAGGCCAAGGGCUGUAACUGACAAUUGCAAGGCAUUUUAUUAGAAUUAUGGCUGUUUAUCACUCAGAAAACUGGUAUUUCUUAGGAAAGAUUUUUGUUUAGUUCCACUUUCCUUGAAGCCCGCCCGCUUAGCUCAGUAGGUAAGAGCGUUGGUCUACGGAUCGCGGGGUCAUGAGUUCAAUCCUCGGGCGGGGCGUAUGUUCUCUGUGACUAUUUGAUAAACGACAUUGUGUCUGAAAUCAUUAGUCCUCCACCUUAUUCAUGUGGGGAAGUUGGCAGUUACUUGCUGAGAACAGGUUUGUACUGGUACAGAAUCCAGGAACACUGGUUAGGUUAACUGCCCGCCGUUACAUGACUGAAAUACUGUUGAAAAACGGCGUUAAACCAAAAACAAACAAACAGACUUUCCUUGAAAGAAAAAAUACAGCAUUGAAACAUUGUAUGCUAGUCUAUCAUCUGGACUUGACAGUAAGUAGGCAAAAAACCAGAACACAUGUAUUUUCAUUCAAAUAAUGGCCUUUUAGAUAUGCCCAUGAAAUGAGUCGUAUUAUGUGACCACAGGUGAAAGGGUACCCUAUGCGCGGCUAAGCAAUACUUCAAGGUUUAACGCUUAAACAAGGUUCUAAAUUCUUAUGGAACCAACGGUUUUGUAACUUAUAUGAUGGAAGAAUUAAACAAUUUAAGAUAACUGACAAAAUAAUUGAUGAAGAAAUGUGACUAGGCAAGAUAAAACUUCAGUGAAAUUGUAGAUUAUUUAAAAUAUUUUAUAGAAUUAAGUUUUUAAACUAAUGGUAUUUUGUUAGCACGUAUCAAUCAGUCUAUAAUUUCAGGAAAAUGGGAGAAUUUUUAUAUUAAUCAAAUUAAAUGCAAUCGGAUGUGAUUUUAUAGAAUUUCAGUACAUAAUAAUUAAGGCUAAAGAAUGAUUAUGACCUCCUGUCAUGGAAUACCUGUAUUUUCUCUAUGUUAAAUAUACCUGCAUUACUUGUUAAGCUCUUAUACUUGUUAAGCUCUGAUGUACCUAAUUCACUAUCCAGUAUUGAAAUUAGAGGUGCGCGGUAUUACCGGUAUACUGGUAACUGUGGUACCAUCUUCCCGUGGUACGAUACCGCGGUAUCAUCAGGGAAUACCGGUAUUUUAUCAACAUUAUCCCUGCUUCUGUUUAUGUUUAAUUUACACUGUCUACGUAGCCUACCUGACAGCAGAUUACAUCGUGCAUGAUUUUCCGAUUUUAUAUCUCUGGAAUUCCUAUGCUACUAUUAUUAGUUUCCAAAAAUAACCACCCAAUGGAACAUGCAUGACCGACCGCGUGACCCCCAAUCAAAACCUUCGAAAACCUCCGGACUAUUCCGUAUAGAUGGAUGAUGUCAUGGGCGCACUUGAUUGUACAUUAAGUCUGGUAAAUUCGGCAAGUCCCGACUUCUUGUUUAAAUGAUGAUAGUUUAAAAUUUCCAAGUAUGCAUUUGCAUUUAUUCAAAAAGAAAUAUAUAGUAUGGAAAAAGUUGAGUCGAAAUUUAUUACUUUUUGUUUGAAAACGAUUUGAUGAAGCCUUCGUACUAUUUGUAAACGUUACUGGUUGAUCAAACGGGUGCACCGAUCGAAUUUUUCAAACAAGCGCGACCUAAACACGUGACCCAGUGCUUCCCUAGAAACAAACAAUAUGGCGUCUUCGGAAGAAUAUACGCUAAUAAAAAAUACAAAGGGUAAAUCUUGUAUAUGGGAACACUUUGCAUUAAAAAAACGAAAGAGGGAUGGAACAAUUAAUGAAAAUGUUGCUGUCUGUCGUCAUUGUGACUGUGUUAUUAAGCGUGCAGGGGGUGGCACGUCAAAUAUGACUGCUCACAUACGUCAACAUCACCCAAACUUGAAUCGUUCUGAAAGCAGCAAAUCGUUUACUAGUGUUGCAAAAGUGACUGUGAAUACAUGUAAGACAGAUGAAUUAGAAGUCAGCGUUCCAGCCGCAUCAGCUUCCAACAAGCAGACUACCAUCGCGUCCUUGUUUGGGAAUAAGACUAAAUAUAAAUCAGACUCACAAAAAGCAAGAAUGAUAACUAGUUAAGUUGCUCGCUUAAUAGUAAAGGAUCUAAGGCCAUAUCGCAUUGUGGAGACAAAUGAAUUUAAGGACCUUGUUAGUGAAUUGGAUCCAAGAUACACAUUGCCUUCGAGAAAGCAGUUUGCUGAAGUGAUCAUACCUACGCUCUACAAUGACGUCAAAGCUGAUAUCAUCAAGCAGCUAGAAGCUACAUCCCAGGUAAGAUAACUACUAACUAUAUAUAGAUACGAUAUGAUAAAUGAAUAUAUAAUACAAAUAAAUAAACGUGGUCCUGAAAUAAUAAAUUUAAGUUAAAGAUCGUUUCAGUUGAUCCCUUUUUAUUUUGUUACACUAUCUAUGCAUAUUUGUAGCUUGAGUAGGAUACUCGCCAGUAGCCUCUGUACCAGUGUUAAUUUUAAUGGUUUGUAUCAUGGUUUGUUUCAGGUUGCUAUUACAACCGAUGGCUGGACGUCAAGGGCAACUGAGUCAUAUGUCACUAUUACUGUAACAUUUAUCAACGUUGACUGGAAGCUAGUAAAUUUCGUUCUUCAAACAAGACCACUCCCCGAGAGUCAUACAGCUGAAAACAUAGCAGAAGUAAUUGAAUACGCUGUCAAAGAAUGGAAGUUACCUACAGGGCUUGGAGGGACUGUACCACCUGUUAUAUCCGACAAUGCUGCAAACAUGAUAAAGGCUGGAAAAGUGCUUGGGUGUACAAUACACAUAGGAUGCCUUGCCCACACACUCAAUCUCGCUGUACAAAAAGCCUUGAAGGUCAAAAGUGUCUCACAGCUGCUUGCCCGUGUACGUAGCAUUGUCAGCUUCUUUCAUCGAAGCUGUGUUGCAACGGCCGUCUUAAAGUCUAAGGCUCAGCUGUUAGGUCUGCCCAACCAUAAGCUGAAGACUGAUGUCUGCACGAGAUGGAACUCAGCCUUUGAAAUGCUGAACCGAUUCUUGGAACUCCAAGCUGCUGUAGUCGCUACUUUGACGUCAAAAGAAAUGAUGCAUAUGAAGGACAAAACAUUACAUAGCAUAAGUGACCAGAACCUUACACUAGCACAGGAGGUAUCUGUCAUGCUGAAACCUGUGAAAGAAAUAACUACCAUGUUGUGUACUGAAUCACUGCCAACUGUUUCAGUUAUUAUGCCGCUUCAUUUCAAGCUAACCAAUAAGAUUCUACAGCCAAAUGAGGAUGACUUACAUGCAAUCGUUGAAAUGAAACAAAUCAUGAGAGCUGAUCUAACUCAAAGAUACUUGGAUAAAACAGAACUACUGAACAUGACAUCAGCCAUAGAUCCAAGGUUCAAACAGCUGCCUUAUUUGUCUGAUGACGACAGGUUCGCUGUGUAUAAUCACUUGACAGAAGAGGCUAUCAGAGUAUCUGCAGUGGUUCCAGCUGUAGUUAAAGUCAAGACUAAGAAGUCUGAACCAGUUACAAUGACCAAAGCUACUGUGAGUCAACCUCCUCUACCAAGCCUACCAACAGACAUGCUGGAAGAUCAGUCAGAUGAGAUUGUUUGUGAUACUGCGCCUGCAAUCAAACAGGAAUCACAAAUAGUAGCCACUCCGAAGUCCGUGCUAAAUGAUAUUCUUGGGGAAGUAUUCAUCGCACGUGUAGAAGCACCAAAAUCUUCCCAGGAAUUAGCACAGAUGGAAGUAAUCCAGUACAAGUCUGAACCUCCUGUGAGCCUUAAUGAUAAUCCACUCCAGUGGUGGAAACAAAGGGAAUUGAGAUUUCCCUUUUUGUCUAAACUAGCAAAGUGCUUGCUGUGCAUUCCAGCAACAAGUGUACCCUCAGAGAGGGUCUUCUCUACAGCAGGGGACAUUCUAACAGCACAAAGGGCCAGCUUGAAGGCCAAGCAUGUUGACAAGUUAAUAUUCCUAAAAAAAAAUUGGAAAUAAUUUAGAACAUCUAUGUGAAGUACAUGAACUGAACUUGUGUAAGAAUGAGAAAGAAGUCAGUGUUUCUACUGUCCAGAUUUUAUUUGAUAUUAUUUCUGUUCUUAUCUAGUCAUUAGUCUAACUAGUCAUCAAGUUAUUAUUCUAGUCUAUUAUUGUUUUAAAAUCUAGUCAAGUAACUAGUCCUUGUUAUUGCUCUUAAUAAAUUCAGUCUUUAAGAGAGGUUUUCAAUAUUUUUAUGACCACUACCAUAGCUGUGCGUCUUACGAUUAAAAUGAUGGU